CGAAUCGCAUUCAUUAAUAAUUCCAUUAUUCUACAAUUGCACUAUUCUGUUACUGAUAGUCGUCAGUGGAAAACCGGAGUGAAGAUGGAGCAAAGUACGAAAUUAGGAGAAAUGAGCUGACAUGUCCAAUUGGCUGCCAUGGUAAUUUCUACAGCUGAGAAUUGCACCAGGUCGCUGACAUCGUCCCCAAAAUGAAUGACAAACGGAAAACGUGGAUAUGGUCUCUGGUCGUCCUUACACUCUUGGCGAUUAUUGUAGUUGGCGCGACUUUAGUUGGUGUUUACAUGACUCAGAAACACACAGAAGCCGUAGUAGAGAUGGCUUUUAACGCCAAGAGUGGAGAGACAGUGCAUCAGAGAGUGAUGGUCAACGAUCUGGAGAAUAUUGCAGUCUUUCACGUGACAUCCAACAACAUUUCAUCAACUAUUCUCUAUGACUAUAACCAUGAAAUUAUCGGCUUACGGCGCAUGAAUGGGGCAAAAUGUUUUAUUCUAAACAUGGAUCAUGUUAACGUACCAACAAUGGAGGACAUUCUGCGGGGAAUUAAACGAUUCCAGCGGCAGAACAGCACAUCAGACACCGAUCUGACCUAUAGCAUCACGGAGGGUGAGGAGGCCCAGCGCACCGAGCUGGGGACGUCCGUAAACCUCCUCUGUAGUGACGUCCCAAUUUACUGGGCCACCCCGAGCAAGUCGAGCCAUCUUCGCUGGAUACUAACAAUUAAUUUCAAUAUCUUUGGCUUUGAAGUGUCUGUGAAAUUUGAAUCUUGAAGCAAUCACCGUCUAAUCAAACUCCGAAAGAGUCAGCCUUACCCAUGGGGACGGGCGUGUGAGGACAUUGCCUUUAAAAUGACUAAAUCCAUGUGUCACCUCCAAGAUGUUGCUAUAAUUUGUCUUCUUCCGAGAGACCUGUCACCUGGGUGAUCUGUGACGUCUCCAACCUGCUCUCGUACAUGGUGUGACCUUCGUUUAGCCUUACACAAUAGGCAGCUGCCUAUAGACCACCGACGCGUCACGUAAACAGUAAUGAUCUUCCAUUGCACGUGGAUUCACACCAGUGAAGUUUAUUUUAUCUAGGGAUCUUUGCGGCCAUGAAACUGUGUAUUAAACAAGGACAAUCUUCGUGUCUUUCUCUUAUAA